AUGGCGUGUGCACAGGAAGUGGUAGGCAAGGUGGUGAAUGGUUGGGGACAGAAGUUGAACGAAGCUCAGCCAGCUUUUAUAGCUUCACGCGUGGGUGCCUGUCGCAGCGGCGCUUUUCUUCAGCAAAGUUCGAUCAUCGAUUCUGUACAACCAUAUCCACGCAGACUCGAAUCCCUGAGCACUAUUCACCAUCGCAUCACCAUGGACUCCGAGCUGAAGCUAAGCGGUCUGAUCAACGCGCUGCCCGGCGAGCUGAAGGACCAGAUCCUCGAGCAUGUUGUCGUCGCUACACUUCCGCGCCAGACCACGAUCGUUGUUACAGACACAUCGUACACACCACCAUGGCAGCUCUCCCUCAAUCGCCUCGCUCGACGCACCGCAGCCCCGAUCUACUACGGCAACAUCGUCUUCGAAUUCGGUCGACCAGAGACACUGCGCGAUGACCAACCACACUUUUCGUACGAUGUGGCUCUUAAAUGGCUCCGAAGCCUCUCACCGAGCCACCGACCACUCGUUCAUGCCAUCUAUCUAGCAGGCACCAUGGGCAGCAACAUUGAUUUAGAGGUGCCGGAGUGGAAGGAACGCUUAAGACUAGUGCUACUGGCUCUCAACCUGCUCACCGGCCUCUUUGCGAGCGACGGUAUGCCAAUCGCCAAAGACAUCCUACAGCAGAGGGUGACGUUCUGCGGAGAGGGGGGGCUGUCGAUCGAUUUUAUGAUGACAGAGAGCGCAGUCUCGGCUUGGGGUAUUGGGCUGGAUAUGAUACUUUGA